AUGUAUGAAGAACACCACAGGCCAAGGAACCGCGACAGCGGCUGCCUCCGGUUCUUCCGUGCGUUGCUGAUGGGGAUGAAUAUACUCCUGACAGCUGGUGCCGUUGCAGGCCUAGCCGUUGGCCUGCUUGAGCGCAGCACGAUGGAGGCGACACUGAAGGAGUUAUGCCCAUCAUGUCACACAAUGUUUAUUGCGUACAUUGUGGUCUUUAGUGCGCUCCUAGGCUUUUCACUGCUUGGAUUCUUUGCCCUCUGCACUCGGAAUAUAUUUCUGCGCGUGGUGUACUUUGUUUACCUUUUCUUGCUGUUUUUUGGGGCCUUCGGCAUUUCAAUCGCGUACGUCCUUGUCAGCACGAACCGAGUCAACAUGGAGGCAAGUUGGAACAAGGCCACCAUAACCAACCCCGAUGAAAUGUGCUCCCUGGAGCUGCAAUUUCACUGCUCCGGUUGGAGCAUGCUCUGCAACACUUCACAAGCGAAAGACACGCUCUUACUGACCCGACGAGAUGGUCUGCCGUUGAUCGCGGGGGGAGAGCAGCGUGUGCCCAUGACUCAUGCCGACCCCACUGAUAAAGUAUUUUGCCCAGCCUGCAGCGAGAAUGAUCAAACACAAAUUAAUAAAUACAACAACACAUGCGAAUCUGUUGUGCUGGGCACCAUCAAGCAACAUAUGAAGGAAGUGCUGCCGAUUGGGCUGUCCAUUACAGGCCUUGCGCUCAUUGGGAUGGCCGUGACAUGCCUGCUACAAUGCGAGACAAAUCGCGACGAGUAUUAUGGCGUGCGUUACUACCGCAUGUAG